AUGCAUCAGAAGAAGCGCUUUUUUGAAACAUUUGCAUUGGAGGUUGAGGACAAAGAUGUCAACGCCAUCACCAGCCAGCUUGAGAAAAAGGGAGGUUGCGGCACAAUGUCUCCCGAUUCUGGGAAGCACAAAAAGUUUAACACGACGUCUUCUUUUAUUGGAGGCGCACAUGUAUCAUCCCCGUUUAUGCAGCAGAAUGACAGCAACGUCAUUGAACCGCUACGCAUGCUUCAUAACUGCAUUCGUCACUUUGCAAGUCAUCCCGAAACGUACGGAAGUAAUCUUCAUGCUUUGGUGGAUCGGGAAAUCUGCUAUGUCAUGCGUGUAAAGGCUUCCGAAGCGGCGCUUCUUACACCAGGGAUGGUUCCUGUCGCUAGUUACCCGCUUCCCGCUAUCAAUAAUACUAAGGCAAGGAACAAUAAAUACCAACACCCUGCAAUGAACAAAUGUGCGAGUUUAAUGUUCUGCCCGCGUUCCAUCGAGGACGCGGUUUCUGCAGGCACGGUGGCUGGGGUCGAUGGGAUGUUUGGAUUUGGCGCCACAACCUUCGUGGAAGGCACGCCCGGCUUUCUUUCUCUUCUUGAUAGGGCUAGUCGACGUCGGACCCUACACGAAGAGCCUAAUGCGCUUGAGAUAGCUGAUACAGCGGGCGACGUUUCUGCACUGGCUUCUAGUGCCACGGAUUUAGUGACUUUGGGGAAGGACUCCUCUUUACAAGACGGCACGCCACAACAAGAAAGCACACGAGUCAGAUUUGUUGCUUUUUCUGAUGAAUUUUCCGGAAAUACUCCCUCUUCCUCCGUAUUACGUACCGGUGCCGGACCAAAGCUUCUCGUUGAUGGAACAAGCUAUGAGGUGUCGUUUUUGCGAUCGCAGCUCCAACAGGUCGAGGCGGCGUACAACGCCAAAUGUAUUUCCCACCAUGAGCUACAGCAGGAAAAUGCUCAACUGAAGUCGGAACUAAGCAAGACAGAAAAAAAGCUGCAGCAAUACACGACGAAGAAUCAAGAGAUGCGGGUACAACUAGAGAGCUUGAAACGAGAGCUGGACGCUUGGAAGCAGCGUAGCAGUGAGUUCAAUCUGGCUGGACACGCUGGCAACUCUCAUACCUCGUCCGAAGGAUCACGGCGUGUGCAGGCCAUGCAGCUUGGCCAUGUAAAACGUGAGUUGUCGCACAUGUCACGUCUUUGGCGAGAGACGGAAAAGUCUUUACAAGAAACCAAACGAGCUUUGGAAAGCGCAGAAAAGGAGGCGCAACUUUCGCACCGUUAUCUAGACGAUGCGUUUUUCUUAAUUGAACGCCUGGAGAGACGAGUUUUGCGACGUGACCAUUAUAUUGAGAUACAGCAACGACGUCAGAGCUCCUUGGAGGAAAAAUAUGAAAAACUCAUGUGGUGUUUUGAGGAGCUGCGAACAAUGAAUGGGGGAAGCUCCUACGUAGACUUCCUCCUCUCCCAAGAUAAUGCAUGGUCAUUAUUUCUUUUUGUGCGUCUACAGCGACGUUCUAUGGGAUAUGCCCAGAUGGAAGAACCCUUCCCGGCUAACCCUGGACCUCUUUUCUUCCGUCGCACACCAUUUGGUGGCAAAUUUUGUGAUAUGUACAGCCCGAAUCUUGUUUUGAAACUUGUAACGGAUUACACCCAGAGGAAACUUGGAAAUAUGGAGGGAAUGACAGAAAUGGCAUGGGAGAUUUCUAUUCCACGCUGGCGUGGAAAUUAUAUCAUUGAUUACGCUCCUCCUUCUGUUGGUGGAAAUAGUGAGGGUAUUAAUACAGAGAACGUAAUGACAUCUUGGGAAGGUUUGUAUCGUAGCUUUCCAGUUCUUUCACUGGCAUCUGUUCUUCUUCCGCAGCCGAGCACCGCUUUGAUGGGCAAUGUACCCAUAGAAGAAGAUAUACCCAACAGCGCACAAUACGAUCAGGCAACCCUUCGUUUAAUAAUAUACUGUUUUUGGAGUGAGCGGUUACUUCAGUAUAAAAAAGAAAUGGAAAGGCGUGUGAGGGUGUUCAAGUCACCACGUGGGGAGCCCAAUUCGGGUCAAUUGCAAGGAGAAGCAAAGGGUGAGGGAGACGUUACAGAUAGACCCAUUUAUCCAUUAACCUUCCUGGCUGCACUGGUCGAUUUUGUGCAGCGUACCUUUCCUCUCAACACGAAGAUGGCAGAGGAAAAUGCUGAGGAGGAAACCAAGAGACUUGUGGUGCGAGGUGUGGUUGGUAGAAACGAGAAAGCCGUUGAUAGUGUACGAAUGCUCUUUUCUACUAUUUUUUAUAUCAUGAAAGAUGGUAAAGAAGUACCCGUGGUACUCUCAUCACAGGCCCGUGAGUUACUAUUUUCAUUAUACUAUUAUGCUGAGGAAUACAAGGAGGUGGACGCUGACUUUCGACUAUUUUAUCUUGUUGCCCAUCAGCAGGUUCCAGAAUCGGUAGCGAUUAAUUUCUGGGCCAGCCUAGAGGCUUUGCGCAAAGAUUGUGAGGAGCUUCUCUGUCAUCAUAUUGGUCCAAGCUCGUCGUUUCGAUCCAGUUUGAGUAAAAUGCAUGAUUCUGACACGGCGUUCUGCAAGAAGACACCUCAAGAGGAGUUGAUUCAUGACACCCCUUUCAAUGCUCUAAAAAGGGCAGUGGAAGUCAUUGACACAGCCCCGUUGGUGGAACAGAGUACUAGUAUUGAACCUGAUAGUGACGGGGAGGGAUAUGGUCUCAUCCUGCCAGGGAGCAACGUCAGCAGUUCUGAAAAAACAUCUUCACAUGACCGGACUGCUGAGCCUGCAAGGUCCGACUUUUAUACACUCAAACACAAUAUUCAUGAGUAUUUGUCUCGUUUUAGGGAGGAGAGCGCCGUAUCCCCUGCAGUACCGGAGAAACCUGAAAAGGGAGACAGUCCAUUCAAGGAUGUAGCUAAAGAGAAAUCCGCGGAGAAGAAAGAAAUUCCGACGGCGUGGAGAACUCUUGAUGAAAGAAUCGGAGCUGUUUUAGGACCACAUGCUUCCUUUUUGGAGGCAUUUAAAGCGAAUCAGGGCCCAGAUAUAUCCAAAAAGCAAAGAAUUAAGCGGCAAUCUUUCAAUAAAGAAACAACAUCAUUUUCAGCCUCACGUGGACUCCUUCCACUAGAUGAGGUUUUAGAAUUAAUGUACAAACACUGUUUUGCGACGUAUGCCGUUUCCUGCUGUGGUGCGGCACGUUUUUCGCUCGUAGAGACUUUAACACGAACUGGAGACAGUUCUACCGUGGAUGGUAUUUUAAAUUCGGUGGAACAUCUCACAAAGGUUGGCUGGAUUCCGCCUACAGAGACGCAGAUGCGACGUUUGCGAUUUGCCAUUUCGAUGGAUCAACCAUCGACCCUUGUGCGCUUUACGGAUUUAUUUGAUGUGGAUUCCCGUUACGGUUUACCCUCGCAUUUUCAUGAUGAGUAUCUUCAGCUAACAUUAGAUGCAUACAUGGAGCAUCAAGAGGCAUGGAUGAAUAACAUUCUGAAUUUUGUUAUUCCAGUGGAUGAUGGUUAUGGUGUGAGAAAUAGUGAUGAGAUUGAUAUGCUUGUCCCCUUUCCAAUCAUUCGAAGGGCCGUCUUACACGUCUUUCGUCAAUUAUUGCAAAAGCCUGAGCAGGGCAAUACUUUCGCAAAACACUUUCUUCUUUACUGUAAUUUGUUACGGGAAGAUGAGAAUGUUCGUCUUGGGCAAUUUACAGAUGCUCCAUUUUUUAUCAAUGCCCCUCCAUUAUCUCCGUCGGAGGCUGAGAGCAAAUUUGCCAAGAUCGAAAAACGGCGAUGGCCUGUGGAGGAAGAGUCCGCUUCAUGCUCGCUGUUGCACCUUUCCUUAGCAAUUCGCAUGACCCAUAUUAUAUGGGGCUCCUCUUCCACUCCAUCUGCAAGACUGGCUGGGUUGGUACUUUCUUCCACCGCCAGCGAGCAGGCGAGGGGCGUGGAACUUCCCGGUGGGCAUGGCACUCCCUCCAAAGGGAUGAGAGAUGGUGCAUUUCUAAAUAAAGUCAAGGAGGAGUUUUCGGAUGCUCUGCUCCGGGUAAAGACGGGGGUGAUGCAACACAACGUACUGCGUCAUUUGGCUGCAGAAUUUACGGGAGCAAUGAGAGAAAUGGAGGAAACGCCUUCACCGUUGGAUCUUACUGUUGAUUCUAAAGGUGCGCCUGAAGCCAGUUUCCACAUUCGCCGUCUUUAUGCUCCCUGGGAUGAUGACCAACGACAGGCGUUACCAUCACGAGGAAGCGUGCCCCGCGGUGGAAGGCGAUCCAAUACACCUCGGCGAAUAACGUCUGCUGUUUCUGGAUUCAAUUUACAGCCAGACACGACAGUAGAGCGUCAUUAUACACCGGAAGUGGCGUCGCUGACCCGAUUUUUGCGUCUCAGCCGCAUGGGUAAAUUCAGGGGUGAUAAAAAGAGGAAGUCGAAAUCACCGAGAGGUUUUCAAGAAACGGAAACAUUCUUCUUGGCGCCUUGUGCAUCUUAUGAGGCUGCGUAUAUGUCUCAUCAGGCACGACUUGUGAGACGACUCGUAGAGGCGGCGAGUACGCCACAACCUCUCCCUGCAGUUUCAGCCGAGGAGAUGAGUGCUGGACCGCAACUGCGGACCGACAGUGAAACGGCGAUGGCUUCAUCCUGCUUUGCGCCAGCUGCGGAUCGUUUCAAUUCCAUUGACAGCAACAUUGUAGAAGCCGCUGUCGCUGGGGCUGCGAAUAUCAAUUCUAUGAGCACGACUGAUGAUUCGAAUAUUGCACUCCCAGAUGUAAUUUUGGAUGAAAACGGCAGCACUCAAAAGGGAAAACAGAAAAUAGGGGGAAGAAACGCGGUUUAUCAGAGGCAUGUGUCGGUACGGCAACUGCACGCCGGUUGUGCAACUUUGAGUCUGAUGUAA